UUCAUCAUGUGAAGUGAAAAAGCUGUAUAUGAAGUUGAACGACUCACUUCAUCAUAACUCUUGGUUGGUUCGUCACUCAACCCAUUCUACUCUCGGAUACUCUUGUGGCAUUGCUCCACUGUAACCUUAUGCAAUUGUGAUCUUGGAAGAUAUGAACCGUCGAAUUCCAUACUGGGCACGGGUGUUUACAAGACGAGAUUUAACACCUGAAGAACCGCUGGGACGGCUUCUCUCCGCAGAUCUUCAACGUAUACAUUCAGUAGACCAGGCCAUUCGAUAUCUGCGUGUUUCGCCACCCUCAGAAAGUUCUAAUGUAUUAUCCCUGACGUCGAAGAAUACAUGCUCUGCCCUUUCAUUUCUCGUCAACGAGAUGCACGCCCCUUCGAGUGCUAUCAAAAGCCAAGCCGUUCAGGUGAUCAGGGACAACUGGUCAGACAUUUUUCGUUGGAUCGAACAUCUGGCAGCAAAGUUCGUUUUCAACAACAGAUUCACUGAUUAUGACCGCCGUGAUUUGCUGGCCUUAGCACUUCCCAUCAUCCUUCAUGUUCCACUCGGCGGUGAUGACCGACGCCAAUUCCUUGAGCAAACAAAUGAAGCACCGACUCUUUUUUCCCUCCUAUGCAGUUUAUGGUUUCAUGAUAUGAACCAUUCGAAAGUCACGUAUAGUCCCAGUCAACAGGCUAUGCUGGUAUUCUCGGGCAUCCUGAAACAGAGUCCCGAAGCUCUUGAGUUUCGUGUUUUCCAAGCCCUUGCCGAUAACCGCGAUGUUCUAUCCGCAACCUGUGUUUCAUUCUUUUCGAAAGAAACAUGGAACUUGCGAUCUAGGGUUGCUACAGAUUCCGUUAACCUUCCGAUCUGUGCUCAGUAUAUUUUUGCGCGUGAUUACCACAUCUCGAACUCAUCGAAAUUAGUCACACUACCAGGACUUACGCCCCGUAUCGUCAAGGACAGUUUGUUGCAAAGUUGCAAUAACUGCCUUGGUCUUUUGAUUUGGAAUGGCUACUUAGAGGGACAACGCUGGGUAGUUUCCAUGCUUCGCGGCGGCAUACUACUCUCGCUGCUGCAAAUGCCCAAACUCUUCCCUGAUGCUAAAGCCGGCACUAUCACAGAAACUCAGGACUAUUCAAGGGUUUUGAUAAUUAAAAUAUUAACGCUGUAUCUGGUUUACCCACAGGUCCUACAUUGUUUUCAGAGAUCUCUUCGCUCCAUAGAUGGUCGUGAAAUUCCAGCAUACUUGCAGGAUGAGGAUACGUGGGGGCGGCUUCUUCAGCAGAAUUCCCAGCUUUCAGCACAAUGGAAAAUUUAUAAAGUCGUCGAGCCUCCCGUUUGUUGUUAUAGUAUCUGCCCGAGAAAGUCUAACAAUUUCAACUACAGUUCGGAUGAGGUUGCUAACAAACAACUACUUUGCUCUUGUUGUAAGUUCAAUGCCUACUGCUCCAGACAGUGCCAAAAGGGCGAUUGGGAAGUUCAUCGUACCCAGUGUAACUAUCUUCAGCUUCAAUUUCGCGAGGGACAUGCAUGGAGACCAUCCAAAAUUGACAUCUCCUUUAUCAAGACUUUAUUACGGCUGGAAAUGGAAAGUUUUUGCAGACAAUUUGCAGAACAAUGGAUUGCAAAAGGAAGACAGAUUGAGGAGCUCCCCCUGUCCAAGCAAGAGGACCCGAUGAUGAGACGAUUCAUCAUUGUCGAUCAUCGUACCUACCCAGCAGUAGCAUCGGUGGAAUUUCUAGGAGAUAUAGAUUUGGAGAAAAUCAGUCUGCCAGUGCAUUCUCCUGAUACUCAAAUCCCGAAUCCAAACCUAGUGGACAAUUGGGCAACAAGGUCUAAAGACACACCUGCUUCGAUGGUACUAUUUCUCUGUUUUCUUCCCGUGUGCCGAAGUGAUCCAUUGUAUUUAUAUCUGGUGACUGCUUUGGAUGGGUUGACCGAAGAUUUUAUACAGAGCAAAAUACUUGCAGUGGAUUAAUCAUC